AUGGCUGCUCGAGAGCUGAUAGUCAUUCUCCUCAACCAAACCAACGAAGAGCUCACGCUCGAUCCUCAGUCCCCUCAACUUGACCAGGGCGAAUGGAUGACCGACACGCCAGAGUCUGAGCCGCCCGUUGAGAUCAGGGCCGGGGAGAGUGGCAUGUGGCGCUGUAAGUCAAAGCAUGUGGGCGCCGGGACCGUUGGAUCUGUAAGCUACCGUAUCGUUGGAUACGGGGACAAUGACAAGAUUUCAAUGUCGUGGGAUAUUCGCUACGUCGGUCCCAGCAAGUUUGAGUAUGCUGUUGAGUCGAAAGAUUUUGCAAUGCGAGUGCUGGGUGGCAGCGGGAGACAGGCUGUUGCGGUGUUUGUAUUUGCAGCAUCAUGCACCGCAAUUGAGCAACGAGCCGCACCAGACGCCCCCAAAGGCUACGCCCCAGCCUCCGUAGCAUGUCCGUCUCCCCGGCCGACAAUUCGGGCUGCUACCGGCCUCUCCGAUCAUGAAACGGCAUGGCUCAAGCUCCGUGACAACAACACCAUCCCGGCAUUGAAAAGCCUCCUCACUCGUUUCAACAUAAGCGGCCUAGAUACAAGCACUUACAUCGACAACAUCGUAAAGGACGUCAAUGGCGGGAACAAGAGCGCCUUAUUGCCUCGCAUUGGCGUCGCCAUCUCCGGAGGCGGAUACCGGGCGCUCAUGAACGGCGCGGGCGCAAUCUCAGCGUUUGAUAACCGGACGUCUAAUUCUACUACGAAGGGCCAACUCGGCGGGUUACUGCAGGCCACGACGUAUUUGAGCGGGUUGUCUGGAGGAAGCUGGCUGGUGGGAAGUCUGUUUGUCCAGAAUUUCACGACGGUGGACUCGAUUGUGUUGUCGACGAGCGGGUUUCUGAGUACGCUUUGGCAGUUUGGCGAUUCAAUUCUGGAAGGGCCGGAUGGACUGAGAGCUGGCCAGUACUACAGAGAGCUACAUCAAGCUGUGGAGGAUAAAUCCGAUGCUGGCUUCAACACGACCAUUACAGAUUAUUGGGGCCGGGCUCUGUCUUAUCAGCUUGUGAAUUCGACUGACGGAGGACCAGCAUACACCUUCUCAUCCAUCGCCAACGACACCGAAUUCAAAACCGCCAACUCCCCCAUGCCCAUCAUCAUUGCCCUCGAACGAGCCGCCGGACAACUCCAAGUGCCCCCCAACGCAACCGUCAUCGAAUUCAACCCCUGGGAAAUGGGCUCCUACGACCCCGAAGCCGCGGCCUUCGCCCCUCUCAAAUACGUAGGCUCCGACUUCAACAACGGCGCCGUCAGCCGAACCGCAAAAUGCUACGCCGGCGUCGACAACGCCGGCUUCGUAAUGGGCACCUCCUCCUCCCUCUUCAACCAGGCCUUCCUGCAGAUCGGCAAAGUAUCCGGCGUCCCCGACUUUCUCACCAGCGCACUGAACCGCACGCUCGGCAAUGUCGGCGAGGCGAACCGCGAUAUCGCAAGCUGGCCGAACCCAUUCUACAAGUACAACAGCGGCAGCAACAAAAACGCGAACACCACGCUGCUCACUUUGGUGGACGGUGGUGAGGCGCUGGAGAAUAUACCGCUGCACCCGCUUACGCUGAAAGAUCGGGAUGUGGAUGUUAUUUUUGCGGUUGACGGGUCGGCGGAUACGCAGACGUACUGGCCGAAUGGGACGAGUAUGGUCGCUUCGUACGGCCGGAAUAGUGAUGCGGAGACGAAUAAUACUGCUUUUCCCGUGGUGCCGGAUGUGAAUUCCUUUGUGAACUUGGGGUUGAAUAGGAGGCCUACGUUUUUUGGGUGUGGGAAUUCGUCGGCGGGUGCGCUGAUUGUGUAUUUGCCGAAUACGCCGUAUACGUUCUUCUCUAAUGUUUCCACGUUUGAUUUGUCGUAUAAUGAUUCGGAUAGGGAUCAGAUUAUUGGGAAUGGGUAUAAUGUUGCGACUAUGGGGAAUGGGUCUGUGGAUGGGAAUUGGACGGUCUGCGUGGGCUGCGCUAUACUGGCGAGGAGUUUGGAGAGGACGGGGACAAAGGUGCCGACGGUGUGUGCGGACUGCUUUUCGAGGUAUUGCUGGAAUGGGACGACGAAUUCGACUGUGCCUUCGACGUUUGAGCCGCAGAUGGUUAUUGAGAGUUCUGGGGGAUGGAGGGAAGGGCCGUGGGCUGGGACGGUAUUAUUGUCUCUGGUUCUGGGGAUGAUGCUCUCAAUUUGA